AUGUCUGCUUCCAGCGGCUCCCAGAGGCCCAUUAAGGGGAUCCUGAAAAACAAAGGCUCCUCAGCCACGGCCUCUGCGGUGGCCACAUCGGCCUCCUCCGUCAUGGCCCCCGCCCCGCAGCCCCGCGGCCUCAACCAACUACAGGCCAGAAAGCCCAAGAAGUGGGACGAGUCCAACAUCUGGGCCACCUGCCGGGCCGCCUACAGGGACUACGAUCUGAAGAACAUCAACGAGCCCAGCACGCCCCAUGUCAGGAUCCAAGCUGGCGUCGAGGAUAUGGCGCAGGAGCUCGAAGCCAAAGAGCUGGCCCAAGGCUCCCCCGGCCACAUCCUGGGGAAAUUAGCCGCCACCUAUGCCUCUGAGCCGAACUGCUGCCUAGGAGAGCUGGAGAGCAAGGAGGCCCACAGCAGCAGGCUGCUUCUGGACAAGAUCGAAAGACAGCGGCAGUUUGAGCUGAGACGGAAGCUGCAUUACACCGAGGGCCUGAACAUCAAGCUAGGGAGAGAACUGAUUGCCAAAGAACUGCAAUAUUUAGAAAUCGAUGAUGAAGAUGAAGAAAUGCCACCUGUUGCCGGUGAAGAGAAUCCCGCCGCGGGAGAAGCAGUGAAGGAUGGUCCUGCAAGUGAAGAACUGCAGACUCCAGCAAGCUACCUGUAG